AUGGAAGAGAUAUCAACUAAACAAUCAUUGUCAUCACCUUUGUUUGAUGGACACUCUGGAAAGUAUAAUAGUUCAACAUUCUUUGGAAGAUUCCAGAACUUUAGAGAUGUCACAGAUCCAAGUUCAAUGUUUGUUACAGAGAACGAAGUGACAGAAUCAAAGAGUAUAUUGGAUAGAUUCAAGAGAGGACUGGUCGACCCAACUACACAUAAUGCUGAGCUUUGGAAAGCCAAGAAAGUGGUCGAUGCCACCAUCCAUCCAGACACUGGCGAGACCAUCCCACUCCCAUUCAGGAUGUGUUCAUUCCUACCAAUCAAUGUUGUAAUAUGUGCUGGUCUACUACUUCCCAAUGCAUCAAUUGGUACAACAAUAUUCUGGCAAUGGAUCAAUCAAUCAUAUAAUAUUGCACUAAAUCAUGCUAAUAGGAAUGCAAGCAAUGAGAUGACAAAUCAACAGAUUACAACCGCUUAUAUGUCUGCAGUUGGUAUAUCAUGUUCAUUGGCUGUUGGUCUUGGACAUGCUGUCAACAAACUCAAGAUACCCAAUGCCUCAGUCCAUGCUGGACUCAGAAUGAUGGUGCCAUUCACCGCCGUCACCACUGCUGGUAUCGCCAACGUAUUCAUUAUGAGAGGAAAUGAGAUGAAGAAUGGCAUUGAUAUUAAGGACAAGUAUGGACAGGUACAUGGCAAGAGUAAGGAGGCUGGAAAGUCUGCGAUAUUCAAGGUCGCAAUGUCUAGGGUGGCUACUGCAUUCCCAGCAUUGUUGUUGCCACCAAUGGUGAUGAGUCUCGUCGAGAAACUCAGUAUGGUGCAGAGGUAUCCAAUGGUCAAGAUGCCACUGAACCUUGGUCUGCUUGCUGCCAUCUUCAACACAUCACUGCCGGCAGCCAUUGCCAUGUUCCCUCAAGAGUCCACCAUUGACUCAGCCUCCCUUGAACCCGAGUUCCAGGGUCUGAAGGAUGCCAACGGUGACCUGAUCAGAGAGUUCACAUUCAACAAGGGACUCUAA